UAGAUUUUUAAAAGACCCAAAAUUUUGGAACUUCUAAAGCUUUCGUUUGAAGAAGAAAAAAGCCAAAUAAGGCUCGGCCUUGCGUGGUGGGUGGUAACAAGUAGGUCUUGGUGGGUGGCGAACGUGACUGCUUUUAUUUGGCUGCCGAGAAAAUCCCGUUCUUUUUAUUUCUGGGUAUUUUUCUGUUUACUUGAGGAGAACUAGGGAGGGAAGAAGAUAACUUUUCGGUGUUUUAUUUUUUUUGAGUUGAAGAAAAGAUGCAGCAAAAUCAGUUGAAGAAGGACCUAAAAGAGAUGGAGUUUUUCGCUGAAUAUGGGGAUGCAAACAGGUAUAAGAUUCUUGAAGUUAUUGGAAAAGGAAGCUAUGGAGUUGUUUGUGCUGCGCGUGACACUCAUACCGGGGAGAAAGUAGCAAUAAAGAAAAUACAGGAUGUAUUUGAGCAUGCAUCUGAUGCUAUAAGGAUUUUGCGAGAAGUCAAGCUGCUAAGACUUCUUAGACAUCCUGAUAUAGUAGAAAUUAAGCGAAUAAUGUUGCCACCAUCGAAGAGGGAGUUCAAAGACAUAUUUGUUGUUUUUGAGCUCAUGGAGUCUGAUCUUCACCAAGUCAUAAAAGCUAAUGAUGAUUUAACACGUGAACAUCACCAAUUUUUCCUUUACCAAAUGUUACGUGCAAUGAAAUACAUGCAUACAGCUAAUGUGUACCACCGUGACCUUAAACCGAAGAAUAUAUUGGCAAAUGCAAAUUGCAAACUUAAAAUUUGUGACUUUGGGCUCGCGAGAGUUGCAUUCAAUGAUACCCCAACUACAGUUUUUUGGACAGACUACGUUGCCACACGAUGGUACAGGGCUCCAGAGUUGUGCGGAUCUUUUUCUUCUAAGUAUACACCUGCUAUUGAUACUUGGAGCAUCGGGUGCAUCUUUGCUGAGGUAUUGACAGGGAAGCCCCUAUUUCCUGGAAAAAGCGUAGUUCAUCAAUUAGAAUUGAUCACCGAUCUUUUGGGUACACCUUCAGCAGAAACCAUUUCUGGGGUUCGAAAUGACAAAGCAAGAAAAUAUUUAAUGGAAAUGCAUAAAAAGCAUCCUGUUCCGUUUUCAAAGAAGUUCCCUAAUGCAGACCCUUUAGCAGUGCGGCUAUUGCAGAGGCUGUUAGCAUUUGAUCCUAAGUACCGGCCAACUCCUGAGCAGGCUUUAGCUGAUCCCUAUUUCAAAGGCUUGGCUAAAAUCGAGAGGGAACCUUCUUGUCAGCCGAUCUCAAAGCUAGAGUUUGAGUUUGAGAGGCGAAGGUUGACAAAGGAGGACAUCAGGGAAUUGCUUUACAGGGAGAUACUAGAGUAUCAUCCGCAGCUGCUCAAAGACUAUAUAAAUGGAAACGGAGGACCUAAUUUUCUUUAUCCAAGUGCCAUUGGUCAAUUCAGAAAGCAGUUUGCGUAUCUUGAGGAAAACGGUGGUAGAAGUGCACCGGUUUUCCCUUUGGAGAGGAAGCAUGUGUCUCUCCCAAGGUCUACGGUUCAUUCAAAUACUAUCCUUCCAAAUACGCAGUCGACUUCGGUUUUGUGCCAAAGUCAACAAUAUGAGGCUUCCAAAAAAGAAACAGGGACCAUUGCUAGUAAUCCAAAGACCGCUCGGCCUCCUCCUAGGGUUCCAUCAGCAAAACCAGGGAGAAUUGUUGGAUCUGUCAUACCAUACGAGAAUGGAAAAAACACUAAAGAUGGUUUCGAUGCUAAGAUCCUUUGCCGGAAUGCAGUCCUUCCUCCACAGACCAUCUCCCCUCAUUGUUACUUCCGGACCACCACCACAAUCCAAGAGAAGUCCGUAAUACAAGCCGAUAGGAAUCCACAGGCCAAGCUGCAACCUCAGUAUACCAUGGUGGCAAAACCAGCACAAGGAAUGGUUUUCGAGGUUAACAACCAUCUCUAUUACCAACCACAAAUCAGGUCCGGCCAAUUAACUGACGGAAUGCCUAUCGACACGAAACUUCUACAGGCACAGAACCAGUUUGGUGCAGUUGGUGCUGCUGCGGUGGCUGUUACCUCCCACGGGAGUGUAGGGACAGUUCAAUAUGGAUUGUCUUAAAAACUGAUAUCUGCAGUUCUGCACCACAGAUUGAGGGUGUAGUUAGGGGGGUUAUAUUUGGGGAAAGGGGAUGAGCUUAUUGCCCCACUGGGGUUUGCUCUUUUUUCUUAUUAUGCCCUUUUGUAAUUAUAGGUUGUAUCAUUGGAUUCUACUAAAUCAAAUAAAUUGCUUCAAAUUAUUUGGUGAAUCA